GAACCCAUUGGCCUGCUUGAUAUACAAGUCGGUACCAAAUUCAAACUGAUACUUCGGCGACGAUUUACAAAACACUUGGAACUGUUUCAAAAACUAGGCAACUUUUGGCUUUCGUUCCAGAUAUUUAAAGAUUCAUUACAGAACCAGUUUCAACUUAAAAGUUCGCUUCUGUCCACUACUAUUUACGUUUAGACAGAGUUAAUGGUGAAUGACUUCUCUCUCGGAAUCCUUCAUUACUCUCUUGCAAGAUUUUACCGGUAACAAAAACCUUAAAAGGGGUAGAUUUUUACAUGCCCAGAUAAUCAAAACAGGUUUAAGAUUUCAUCCUUUUGUUGCAAAGGGUCUUGUCAAUUUGUACUCAAAAUGUGGUUAUUUAAACGAAGCGAAACUUCAAUUCGAAGAAAUACACGAAAAAGAUGUAGUUUCAUGGAACUGUAUCAUCAAUGGCUAUUCAAAACAAGGCCUUCCUGGUUCAUCUCUCGCUUUAAAACUUUUCUGUCAGAUGAGAAAAGAAAAUACGUUGCCUAACUCUUUUACUAUGGCUGGUGUUUUCACUUCCGCUUCAAAUUUGUCGAGUGCUUCAGUCGGGAAACAAGCUCAUUGUUUGUUUAUAAAAGUCCCCAACUGUUCAGAUGUUUUUGCUGGAAGUUCUUUGAUUAAUAUGUACUGUAAAUCAGGUCUUGUUUGUGAUGCGCGUAAGGCUUUCGAGGAAAUGCCGAAAAGGAAUUUUGUUGCUUGGGCUACUAUGAUUUCUGGGUAUGCUAGUGUGAGAAAUGCAGUUGAGGUUUUAGAGCUAUUUAAGUUGAUGCGUUUGGAAGAGGAUGAACAAGGGUUGAAUGAGUUUGUUUUUACAAGUGUUCUUAGUUCUUUAUCUAGUCUUGAAUUGGUCGAAAAUGGCAAGCAGAUUCAUUGUCUUGGGAUUAAGAUUGGAAUGUUAUCAUUUGUAUCUGUAGGAAAUGCACUUGUUACCAUGUAUGCAAAAUGUGAGAAUUUAGAUCAUGCACAUGGAUGUUUUGAAUCAUUGACGGAUAAGAAUUCGAUCACUUGGUCUGCAAUGAUCACUGGGUAUGCACAGAGUGGGGAUUCCAACAUGGCUUUAAAGUAUUUCUCAGAGAUGCAACUUAUUGGGCUUCGUCCUACUGAAUUCACGCUUGUUGGUGUUCUUAAUGCUUGUGGUGAUGUAACAGCUAUUGGACAAGGAAAACAAGUUCAUAGUUAUUUAGUGAAGUUAGGAUUUGAGUCGCACCUCUAUAUCAGAACAGCUCUUAUUAAUAUGUAUGCUAAGUGCGCUGAAAUCAAUGAUGCACGGAAGGGUUUUGAUCAGUUACAAGAACCUAAUGCGGUGUUAUGGAGUUCAAUGAUAGGUGGAUAUGUGCAAAAUGGUGCAAAUGAAGAGGCUUUGAGUUUGUAUGGCAGGAUGCAAACGGAGGGUAUUUUACCUAAUGAGUCAACCAUGGCUAGUGUACUCAAAGCUUGUUCAACCUUAGCAGCUUUGGAACAAGGGAGGCAAAUUCAUGCCAGAACAAUUAAACAUGGGUUUGGUUUAGAGGUCUCAGUUGGAGGUGCUUUAUCGACUAUGUAUGCUAAGUGUGGGAAUGUCGAAGAUUGUAACCUUGUCUUCAGGAGAAUGCACAAAAGAGAUGUUGUUUCGUGGAACGCAACGAUCUAUGGUCUUUCUCAAAACGGGCAUGGUCAUGAAGCAUUGCAACUAUUCGAAGAGAUGAAACUGCACGGCGCAAAACCUGAUUAUGUCACCUUCGUUAAUGUCCUCUCGGCUUGUAGUCACUUAGGUUUGGUUGAAAAUGGGUGGUUCUACUUCAAAUCGAUGGUUGCAGAUUUUCGAAUAAAACCUCAAUUAAAACAUUUCGCAUGCAUGGUUGAUCUUCUUAGUCGAUGUGGGAAGCUUCAAGAAGCUAAAGAAUUCAUUGAAUCUGCUGCAAUCGAUCAGCAGCAGUGUCUCUGGCAUAUUUUAUUGGGUUCUUGUCAAAGAUAUCGAAAUUUUGAAAUAGGACUUUAUUCAGGAGAAAGAUUAAUGGAGUUAGGUUCAAAAGAAUCAUCUGCUUAUAUAAUGUUGUCCAAUAUGUAUGCUGAUGAGGGUAACUGGGAAGAUAUGGAACGUAUUAGAGGAUUGAUGAGACUCCGAGGAAUAAACAAGGAACCUGGGUGCAGUUGGAUUGAGAUAAAGAGCCGAGUUUCUGUAUUUGUUGCGGGAGAUCAAAUGCAUCCACUGAUUGGUAAAAUUCGUUCCGAAGUUCGGCGAUUGACUAAACAAAUGCAAGAUAGCUAUAAACCAGUUUCUGAUCCAAAUUUUUAUGAUAUUUCCAGCUUAGAAACAGAUAUUCUGUAGCUGAAAACAUUUUUGUUUUUGGUAGUCAUCCUUUGCCAGAGUAGAUGGGCAUUCUCACCUGACUUUGUUCCUCGUUAAAUAUUUCCUCUUCUAAAAAUGUGACAAGCAUAUAUACUUAAAUGAGCCGGUCCAAUCAAUCUGUUAACUUGGGUCGCUUACAAUCUUUUUAAGGA